AUGUACGGCGGACCAUAUCGUGUGAUAUCGUAUCCUGAAAUCCGCGCCCUCCUAAACCUCGGAACAGUCUCGACUUCGAUUCUCGCUGACGCUUCGGAUAUCGACGAUACCUCCCUUUUCUUUCUCAAUAUCAGCCCAGCAUCGACAGCGGAGAUCAAGGUUCGGGUAUUUCUCCAACACCCAGCAUGCGAUCGAGAACUUGUCAUCCCGACAACCAUGAAAAUACAACGGGUAUGUAAGCAAGCUGCACCGAUCAGGCCAUGCGCUGAUUAACGCUGCAAGAUCUUCAUCUAUCCCGUCAAGUCGCUGCGACCCGUCGAGGUCAAGGCGGCAGAGAUCACUAACGAAGGUCUGCGAUUUGACCGCCAAUAUGUCCUGGUCAAGCCGCCUUCUGCUGAGACGGAGGGCUUCGCCGAACACAUCACGAUCAAGAACCACUUUGAGCUCGGCCUAUUCCAUACAGACAUCGACAGGACGUGGUCCAAAUUGACCAUCACUCAUGCGACAUCAGAGGAGAACGGCUCCGUCACUCUGCCACUAAGCCCUUCGCCGGUCAGCUUGAUGAAUGCGAAAGUUUUCCACGUUAGCAUCUUCGGGACGAAAGCUACCGGUAUAGAUAUGGGAGAAGAUGUGACCAAGUACUUCUCCUUCCAUCUUGGCAAAGAAGUGCACUUGCUGUACAUCGGUGGCAGUGGCCAAAGAGAGAUCCCAGGAGCCGUCUAUCUCCCAAAGCACAAGAUCAGAGCUUUGUCCAUCGCAGUAAACGACAAGCUGCAACCUCAGCGAUUACGCUUCGCUGAUGCGGCGCCUCUGCUGGUCACUUCAACUGCUUCAGAAGAAGAUGCGCGGCGAAGACUUCCGCCUUCAGUCCGCGGAGAGGACGUCAUUGUCCGAUUCCGACCAAACAUACACGUUGACGUUGGCGACGAGCAGAAGCCAUACGAGGAAGACAACUGGAACAUGUUGACUGUGAGGUCCAGAGCUGAUCCAGCACAAGAAGUCUCGAUUCGAUGUCUCUUCCGAACAACACGAUGUCUGAGCUUGAACGCGGACCUCGCGAAGGGCACGAUGAUUACGACUAACCGUCAACUAUACGGUCUGCUUGCGAAAGACCGCAGAGUCAAUCCCGCUCAUCCCCGUAUGUCUCCAUAGUCAACGGUCGCGUAUGCUCUAUGCUUACAAUACUUGUAGAUAAGCCUGUGUUUGGGCAGUACGCAUGCGCCGGUCCGAGUGGAGCCGUCCUUAGAGUUGGCGACGAAGUUGAGAUCACAGAGUCAACUAGUCGACCAUCUACUCCAGGAAACCCUGGUUCUCUAUCACCGGCGAUCACUCCUAUCAUUGAGAGCGACGACUAUGAGAAGUCGGCAGCACCUUUGGCGACGUGA